AUGUCGAAGCCAAAGAUCUUCUUCUUUACUAAUCCCGAAUCCGGCCAAGCAAAUUGCUUCCUCGCUGUGAUAUCCGCUAUACAGGCUAAACAUGGUGAAUCGGUAGAGAUCCAUCUUGGAUCAUUUGAACAAUUGGAGAAACGAAAGCCGGUUGAUGUACAUUUUCAUCGGAUCCAUGGACAAGGUAUGGGUUAUAAGGAAGAUGGUAGCUCUAAAGAUAUAUCAAAGGCAAUGUGUCAUCCACCAGGUGUAUUAGGUAUGCUGAAAUGCAUUUACUACCUAUCAAAAACAACUUGGACUGGUUCGUCUGAAGAUUACAUAUUGGCAACUAAAGAUGUAUCAAACCUGUUGGAUCAAAUCCAACCUGACUAUAUAGUAGUAGAUAACGUUUUCAACCUCGUCCGAGAUGUCCUCCUGAAUACUAAGCGACACAAUGGAGAUCCAUGGGAAUACGCAAUUCUUUCACCUAAUACGUACAAAGAUUUUCCAGGUGAUAAUCCUGAUUCAGACAUAUUAGAUCUUCCCGUGAGCGGUACAGGUUUCCCAUAUCCACUAUCGACCAAAAACCGAAUCGUCAGUAUAAUACUGUCAAUCUGUAUUGGAUUAAUGAUAUACAUAUUCGAUCCACCUACUAGAGAAAUACAUAAAGCGAGAAAACAAUUAGGCUACAAAGGAGCUUUACCGAUGUAUACAUUUUUGAAUGGGGAACAUACUUUUCUAUGUAUGUCAAAGGAUCAAGCUGAUUUACCUAGAAUCAAAUCAAACUCAAAUCCAAAAAAGAAUUCAGCCAAUCAAUGGUUGAUAGGUUGUGGGCCCAUUCUGAUGAAUUCGAAACCCGUUAAAGAAGUUGAUAAUCAAUUAUCCGAAUGGCUGAACAAACGUCCCACGAUGUUGAUAGUUUUAGGUACUCAUUUCAAUACCUCACCACACCUAGCUAACGAAAUGUUCAAUUCGUUGAAGGUGAUCAUGGCAAAAAGAAAAGAUAUCCAAGUCCUUUGGAAAUUACAACUAGAUUCAUCAUCGCAAUCGUCAAUGAAUCCAGGAUCAAGCGCACAAAACAAUCUUCGAGACAUCCUUGAAGGCCAUGCAGAAUUAGAAGAUAGAUUAAAAGUAGUCAAUUGGUUAAUCCCUGAUCCCCUUGCAAUACUACAAACUGGGAAUGUGAUUUGUUUUGUCAAUCACGGUGGCAGUAAUUCUUAUCACGAAGCUUUAGGAACUGGAACCCCUCAAGUAAUCCUACCAGCUUGGGCCGAUUGUUAUGACUUUGCUGGUAGAUUAAGUUAUCUAGGGAACGGUGUGUGCGGGAAUACUAAAUCAGCACCGGGUUGGAACCAACUGGAACUGACUAAAGCUAUCCUAACCGUGAUUGGCGAAACACGCACCUCACCGAUCGCAGCACAGAUCCGGAUGAAUGCUAAUAAAUUACAGGAUAUCGUCACUGAAAAUGGGACUAGACAAGGCAAAGAUAUAGCUGCUGCUAUAAUCUGGGAAGAACUUUUGGAUGCGGUCGGAGAGAGUUCAUAA